UGUCAGGAAACAUACCUAGGACUAAACUCUAUGUCAGCUUGUUCUUUUGCAGUACAAACAUUGAUGUGACACAGUGUACAAUGUCUUCAGGAAAUAUGAGACAGUUAUUUUAGAUUUUAAAAUUGGAUCGAACGUGCCAUCACUAGAUUGGAGUACAAAGUUGUUACCACCGAAUGACGGAAAAAAUACAGAUAUUCACUACUUUUCAUAUUGCAGUGAAAUAAUGAAUAAUUCAAUGAUACAGAAUCAAGAACAUUACUACGCAAUACAAGUAUGGAGAUACUUUCCGCCGAUAUUUCUCGUGGUUGGCACGUUUGGAAACUGUUUAACUAUUACCGUACUAACUCGAAGAAAGAACAAAAUCUCUCCAACAUCAGUUUACCUUACAUCCUUAGCGAUAAGCGAUCUUAUUGUACUAUGGGCAGCUCUUCUAUUUCAAUAUCUGAAACAAGCUUAUGAUUUCGAUAUGUCGAGUUUUUCUUCAGUACAAUGCAAGUUGUUGUUAUUUUUUAGUUAUUUUUCAUUGCAAUUUUCAUCAUUUAUGAUCGUUUUUGUGACCGUUGAAAGAGUUAUAUGCGUGUUAUUGCCCCAGAAAGCCAAGAAGAUAUGUCGGACCCGCAGCGCCCUAGCUGUUUCAGUGGCAUCCUUCCUGAUAUUAUUCCUGGUGAAUGCUCAUUGGUUGUUCGUUAUUGAUGUGCAAACCGUUGAAAUUCACAAAUUAAAUGUUUCUAUUAGAAAGUCAGAAUGUAUGCCGCUAACAGAAGCAGACAAACUAUUCAUAGAAAAUGUUUGGCCGUGGAUUGAUCUCGUAAUAUUUUAUCUAAUUCCUUCAUUCGUUUUAAUUGUGGGCAGUUUAGCUAUCAUCAUACGUUUGCGUGUAAACAAGUCUAAACGCCAAACACAGAUUGCUCCAUUGUCAAAUAGUCAGUCAGCCACAGACAAAAUGUCAGCGCAGUUAACCAGGAUGCUGCUUGUCCUGGACAUUGUUUUUGUCGUCUGCACGACUCCAAUUACCGUUUAUCUAACAAUCUUCACAGACGAACUAUCUGCCUCCGAUGACACGCGCACAUACACAACAAACGAACUUGUGUGGGCCACUGUUUGUAUGCUAAUGUUUUUCAACAAUACUAUAAAUUUUGUUUUGUAUUUCCUAAGCGGUUCAAAGUUCAGAAAAGAAGUAAAAAAGCUUUUCUGUCGGGACAAGGCAAUUUCGACGAAUUUAAUAACAGGGUCUAAUGUAGAAUCCAAUAAUUUGACAGAGAAAUACAAGCAAACAACAGUAGAAAUGAACACAUUGCAGACUAAAGCGGGGAUAUCAUCAGGACAACAUCCAAGUACGUCUAAUAACCAUUAAUGCAGUGGCAUAGAGGUGACAACCACAACUACAAGGAUUUUCCAUGGUGUUUUAAAUUGAUUACUGUAAUAGAUAAGUGCGAACAAAAAUGAUUCGGAUUUCUUUGUUGUUGUUGACCUUUUUUUUUUAUUUUGCUGAGGAGACAUAAUUUAUCAUUUUUUACAAAUGUAUUGUUCUGAAAUAUUUGUUGUUUUUGAGGAGACGUAAUUUAUCAUUUUUUACAGAUGUAUUUUUCUGAAAUAUUUGUUCUGUAAAUUGUUGUAAACCACAUAUGUACUCCUAUUUUAAGAAGCAGUACCUGUUAUCUAGACAUUUGGCUUAACUUUACAGGAAAGGAAAGCGAGGAGUGUACAUACUAUGCAGAUAGACAAUAAUUCAUUUUCAAAUAUCCCGUUUAGUACCAUUUGUGCAGUUACUUGUAAAUAUAGUAAGGGCUGCUUUCCAUGAACUUCUUUGGUGUCCUUUGUUGAUCUUUAUUCUCAUAUUUUAGUUAUAAAAUGUUAAUUGUCUGAGAGAUAACUGAAUAGAGUGAGAGUAAAUUUUAUCAUUUCUAGUAUAAUAUGUCAAAAUAUUAAAUAAAGUAAAUUAACUAAACAAGAUCUACGAAACAGACUUUUUGGCAUUUUGAAAUUUCUCCUGACGUAAAAAGUUGUGUAUUUACCGCCGUUAAAAAACAAAUCCUAUAUAUCUUCAAACAAAACUAACAAGUUCUUUAAAAACUAAUCAUGAUAUCAGUAAGCUUUAUUAAUGAUGUAUUACAUGGUUCCCGGAUUAGAUAUGCUCCAAUGUUACUGUAAAAAUAAUUUAGAGAAGUAUUCAAAUUUUUUAGGAAC